AUGAACUCAGAUAUCCAGCGCCUGGCGAACAACCUGAUAUACGACGGGCAUCUGCGCUGCGGCUCGCACCAGGUCGCCACCCAAAAGAUCAGCUACAAGAUGGACCCUGCGACGGCUAUCGAGACGUGGCCGUUUGCUGUCGAGCGACCCAUAGGCGACAUCAAUAUGGCAUGGGCCGUGGCGGCACUCGAUCCGAGCAAGGGCGCGGUUUUCAUCGAUACCGACUGCGUGCCGGGCACUGAGAGCAGAGCAGAGGGCGCGGAUAUUGCGCAAAACGAUGUGGAGAUCAAAAUCAUCAAGGUGCUGACCAGUAUUUUGCUAGCUUGCGGUGUCGAAGGGCGCGAUGUCGGGCUGCUGUCGCCCUACCGCACCCAGCUCAAGCAGCUGGAGAUCGAAUACGGAGUACGCGGCAUCGAGAUGCACACUAUCGAUCGGUACCAGGGGCGGGAUGCCAACAUCAUUAUCAUUUCGUUUGUGCGCAGCAAUAUUGGGCUGGCGAUCGGCGACCUGCUGCGCGACUGGCAUAGAAUCAACGUCGCCAUAACCCGGGCGCGGUAUAAGCUCAUCAUGGUUGGGUCUAGCUCGACUUUGCAGCGGUCGCCGCUGCUUGGUGGGAUUAUCCGGAUCUUGGGCUGUAGCGGGUGUGUCGUUCAGAUUCCCCACAAGGCGCCAAUACCCGCUACCACAGGCUCUUCCAUUUCUUCAGCGCCUGCUUCUGUAGCGCAUCCGGCUGCAGUAAACACUGCGAGGACUGCAGGCGGCAGCGCAUUGAUAAAGAGACUCCCCAUUACUGCAAACAUCAUUGCUGAAUAUAGGCUAUAA